AAACUAAUGAAGACAAAACACUAAAAGUUCUAUUGGCAUAACUGAUUCAUGUUGGUGACAUCACAGUUUAGUCUAUGUAGCUGUUCAGCUACACAGAGAUGUUGGAGGCUGCAUGAUUAUAAGAUAAGCUACAUGGUGACAUUAUUUAUCAACAGAAAGUGGAAUCACUUCCUUCCAGAACAGUAACACUAUAGUCUGACAUUAUUUUGGUGUGCUAAGUUCUAUUUCUGCGGUCUUGCCAGAGGGACUCUUCAACAAUGGAUAAGUUGUCGACCAAGGAGAUGCGCCAUUCCUUGGACUGGCUGCUACAGCUAGCGCUAUGUCCUGUAUGCCACGAGACACUGACGCCGGCUGUAGUGCAGUGUGUGCGGGGACAUCCAGUGUGCGCCGGCUGUCACGAUGCGCUGCCCAGAGCACAACAGAAAUGUCCCCAGUGUCGAGGAGACUUCAGCGACAACCAGUCUGUGUUCAUCCAACAAGUCAUCGAGUCAUUGCCUCACCCUUGCAGGCAUCAAGGCUGCAAUUACUUUGUCAAAACCAAAGACGACCAUGAGAAGUUUUGCCCCUACAAAUGCACCAGCUGCCGCUACUGUGACUGGACAGGGCCUUCAAACUCUAUCCUCGCUCAUCUUUCAGACGCUCAUGGGAAGUGGGUGAAUAUGUUUCUGGCACCAGAAUCCAUGGGUGAACUCGGAAUGGGAUUUAACCCAAUGGAGGAAGUAUCCGUCUUCACUCCAAUCAUAGCCGACGGUCAUUUCUUUUGGGGAGAGAUGAAAAACGAACCGGAAGCUGGGAAGUUGACAGCAAUAUUCCACCCUUUGCCUUCAGGAAAGACAACGUCUGUGUUCAGAGCCUCGGUGAAAUUAAACCGUUCAGGAUCUUAUCGGGCAGAUGUGAAGAUAAACAUGGACCCUGAGGCAAACGCAUCUGUAGAAAACUGUAUCUCUAUCCCGACAUCAAUCCUACACAAGUUUACUUCUCACAACAGGUUUGAGUACAGAAUCACCGUUACCAAGAUGAAGCUGGAAUCUAUGUACGGCUUUGUGCAGUCAACUUUGGAGAUCUUCAAAAAAUAGGUAGUUGGUGAGAGUGCUUCAGUGCUUCCAAGGACAAAAGAACUGAAAGCGAUAUGAUUGAGUUUGUGAUAUCCUUGCUACAUUUUAUUAGUAUGAAAAACAUUUAUGUAAUCACUUUUUAAUGAAUUUUUUCCUUAGAUAUUCAUUAGGUUAGUUUUUGUAGAGAAGAGCACUUGGCUUACUAAGAAGGAAUGGAUUCACAUCUAACUUAUCCAAGAAAAAAGUUCCAGGCAGUUAAAAAAUUAAUUUGAUUAGUUUGCCCUUACAAGUGCCUUCUUCAGAAGAAGGAAGUGGUAGAUUUUCUAAUACUUUCCUCUGAAGAAGCCCCUUGUAUGGGCGGAAUAUAAAAAUAAUUGUGUUAACACCCUACUACAUCAAAUCCUCCAGGACGUUGUAUU